AGGUAGCAAAUAAAACUUUAUGUUUCAACAUUUGAUGGCAUUUUCAUAAUAUAUUUUUAUGAGGCAAACUCGGGCGCAACUUGAAAAUGUUAUGUUUAUUAUUUGUCUUAGUUUUAGCGGUGGCCGACGGACAUAAUGAAAAGUCAAUACAGAAUGAAGGAGCUCUACAAUCCGGGCUGAUGCCGCAAGAACUAAAUUCUGAGUUUGUAGCAGAUCGGGAAGGACCAUGGAAGGCUCUAAUGCCGCGUGUAAGAAGAGACGUGUCCGAGUCUGCGACCACCAUGGACAGAGUGCGGUCCUAUAGCAGGAUCGCGGCUUGCGUGGUCCUGGCAGUGACCGCAGCUAUAGAGAUUAUCAUGUACUUGGUUGAGCUUUACAAUAGUAACUAGAUAAAAUAUAAAUAAAGAUAUUUAAAAAACA